CUGAUUGCGGAGGAGGGGGGGGGGGGCGUUAGUUAUCUUGUUUCAUAUCAAUAAUAUUUUCUUGAUUUCUUCAUCGAAACACUUUAACUUAUCUUGUUAUUGAUCUUAUCCCAGCCAUCAAAUUAUACAUCAACAGCCCGGAUUCUGUUGAAAGAGUGAUCUUAAGAUUGGCUACCAGAAGAUACUUCCAGAAUGGAAUAUCUACCAAAGGAUUUCUCCGGAAUGGACCGCGGGAAACUCACACUGAUGGGGUCCACUGUAUGUGUAAUGCUCACUCUACACUUUGCGAUACAGCUUGUAUCUGAACAUUUCCAAUCUUGGAAGAAGCCAAAGGAACAGAAGGCAAUAGUAAUUAUUGUCCUCAUGGCUCCAUUAUAUGCCAUUGACUCCUACGUUGGUCUGCUAGACAUUCGUGGGAGCGCAACAUUUUUCACAUUCUUGGAUUCUGUCAAAGAAUGCUAUGAGGCUCUGGUGAUGGCUAAGUUUUUGGCUUUGAUGUAUACUUAUUUGAACAUAUCUAUCAGCAAAAAUAUAGUGCCUGAUGAAAUUAAAGGAAGAGAGAUUCACCACUCAUUCCCAAUGACUCUUUUCCAGCCUCACGCUGUCCAUCUGGACCAUAAGAAUUUAAAGCUUCUCAAGCAAUGGACAUGGCAGUUUGUGGUAAUUCGCCCAGUUUGCUCUGUCUUGAUGAUAGCUCUUCAGCUUCUUGGAAUAUAUCCCAGUUGGCUCAGCUGGACAUUCACCAUGAUCUUGAACGUUUCUGUUUCUUUGGCAUUGUAUUCCCUUGUGGUUUUCUACCAUGUUUUUGCGAAAGAGUUAGCACCGCAUAAACCACUUGCCAAGUUUUUGUGCGUCAAAGGCAUCGUCUUCUUCUGUUUCUGGCAGGGAAUUCUGCUUGACAUUCUUGUAGCAAUGGGAAUAGUAAAAUCGAAUCAUUUCUGGCUCGACGUGGAGCACGUCCAGGAAGCUCUUCAGAACAUGUUAGUGAUUGUGGAGAUGGUUUUCUUCUCACGCUUGAUGCAAUAUGCAUACACAGCUGCACCUUACCGCAAUGCUUCAGUUUCAGAAACCAGUGACAAAAAGAAAGAGUGAUUGGAAAUCUUAAGGUAUAUUUCGAGCAACAUUAUAGUUGUAUUGUGGUGUGUACUGGUGCCAUUCAUGUCGAGACUCAGAUGCAUUAUGUUUGCGCAUGUAUAAUGAAUAUAUGGCGAAGUGUUGCAAAAUAACAUAGGUAUUGGAACUGUCGGACGUGUAGUUUGUUGUGAAGUGGUUGAACCAUGCAUUGUACUUUUGUGUGUUAUCGGGAGACGAGUAGAUGCUAAUAAGAGAUAAAUAAUUUGUUACU